AUGACGGCCGCCCGGGCCUGCGAGAGCUGCCACAAGGACAAGGGCAAGUGCAUCUUCCCCGACAACUCGGCCGCCUGCUCGCGAUGCCUGCGCCUCGACCGCCAGUGCCGGCCCCGCGUCGCCCGCCGCAUGGGCCGCCCCCCCGUGGCCCGCACAAUGUCCCACGGCAACUACCUCGUCAUGGACCUCGACUCGCCCUCCCCGGCCCCGGCUGCUCCACCACCUCCGGCUCCCACUCUGGCUGCGGCUGCGGCUCCGGCUGCGACAGCAUCGACUUCUUCUCCUGGUGGCCCAACCUCUGCCGCCGGGGGCCCAGCCGGGGCGGCCUUGCUGCUUCAUCAGUCUCAGCAGAUGCAGGCUGCUCAUCAGGGGCGGCCCUACGGCUCCCCAUCGGUGACAUCGGGCCACAGCCAGCAAGGCCAGCAGCUUCUCGACGUCAGGACGCCAGACAGCCAGUCCGGGCUCGACAGGCACACGCCGUACAGCGGAGUGGGCGGCAGCGACUCGGCCAGCGUCACCAGCACGAGCCCAGACUCGCACCGCCAGUAUCAGAAUCACCACCAUCAACACCCCUCCCAGACGCAGCAGCAGCAGCAGCACAGCAAACGCGUCUUUCACGAGAUGCCGCCACAGGUCAGCGCCUACUACCAAUCCCAUCCCGCACACCACCCGCAGCAGCUGCCCCCCAUCAACCAGGCCAUUCCCCAGUUCGCCUCGACCGUCGACGGGCGGCCGACUCCCCCGCUGGACCUGACCAUUGCCCUCGACUCGCCCCUGGGCGACAUGGGCCGCCGCGUCCAGGAGCUGCUCGAGAACCGCGAUGGCUUCUUCCAUGUCCACCGCCACUUCAUGUUUGGCCGCAACUUUGCCGACGAGUAUCAAGCUGCCGUGAAGCGCCUCUUCAAGCACUCACCGCACACACUCGCCGCCGCCUACGACGCGGUGCUGAGCCAGCUCGACCUGAGCAGCAUGCAGGUCCGCGAGGACGGGCGGGCCGGACAGGACCUGAAGGCCGGGUCCGACUGUAUCAAGGCCCUCAUCGAGGCCUCGUCGUCGGUCAAUAAGCCCGAGGACGCCGCGCUCGUCAUGAUGCUCGCGCAGAUCCUGUUUGUGUACAACAUGGCCAUCGGCUGGCCCGCCGCGCACAUGGUCGUGCGCAGCUCCCUCCUCGCCAUCAAGGACUGGUACCCGGUGCUCACGAGGACGGCGACGUUUGACCCCAUCGUCAUCACGCCGGUCCUGCUCGACACCAUCGACUGCCUGGUCAAGCGCGAGAUCCCCGUGGUCCGGCUCGACUGCACCGACCGCGUCCCCAUCGACCGCCUGCUCGGCCUCUGCGCGACGCUUCUCCCGCUCAUGUACGACCUGUGCGAGCUCAGCCACCGCGCGGCCUCGGCCAAGAAGGAAAGAGGGCCCCACGCGCAACAGCCGCUCGCCUCCAGCCCGCAGGACUUUGAGGCCCGCUACCGCGCGACGUACUACAACGACGAGUACACCGACAUUGAGCAGAAGAUCACGGCCUGGUCGCCGACCUGGCCCGCGCACUUCCUGACGGCGUACUCGCCGGUCGAGGUGGUCGCCAUGCUCGCGCAGGCGCGCCUGUACCGCACCGCGUCGCUGCUCAUCAUCCACCGCCUGCGCUUCCCCCUCGGGGUCGAGGACCGCGUCGCCCGGUGCCACGCCGACGCCAUCCUCAACGAGUUCUGCAACAUCGAGGCCUGGACGAGCAACCCGGACCACGGGCUCCGGUUCGCCACCGACUUCCCCUUGCUCGUGGCCACGCUCGAGCUGCCCGAGCGCGGCGGCGCCAUCGUCGAGAGGCUCAAGCCAUUGCGCAUACAGCCGCUCAAUUCAAAGGGCAUCGUCGAGUUUGCGGACGUCGCGCGGCGCGCCAUGCGGGAGGGGUACAUGGGCUUGUGGUUCGAUCUGGCAGAGAAGAGGCUCAAUGUCGAUGUCCUGCCGUGA